AUGGAUAUUCGCGAUACCAAAUUCGACCGUCCUAUGGACGUCCUGAGGAUGUCCAUGCAACAUAAUUGUGCUAUCAGGGCGAAUGCUGAAGAACUCUACUCAGAAAUCCAACCUGCCCUUCGUUGCGGAUAUCAUGUCGUUCCAAGGAAAAUAUGGGGCCACACAGAUUUUCUGAGAGCCAAGGACCUUUCCACUGCUGCUGAAAAAGACCUUUCGCCGCUGCAGUUGGUAACACUCAUUGUCAAAGAAUUUCUUAAUAUUAUCUCCACAUUCGGGAACAUGCUUAAAAUACUGAAACUUUUUAUAAACUGCAACAAACCCUUUGAGGUUCUGGCAGAAAAAGAUCGCUCGACCUCGGUGUCAGAUUUUGAAAACUGCGCCAAAUGGACGCAUUCUUCUGCAGAGGUUUCUUCUACAUCAGUAUAG